AUGGUAUGGCCACUUCCACCAGAGAUCACUGGCCAUAUUGUGUCCUUUCUUGCCAACCCGUUGACACGUAUAGACAGCAAGCUUCAAUUGGCUCAAUAUGCUUCAGUGAAUCGCGACUGGCAGGCCAUUGUCGAGGAGCGAAUCUGGAGGACACUGCGAGUCAAGACAGGAACUCCUUUGAACCUAAAUCAGUUUGAGAGAUUGAUAAACAAACCACGACGACAGUCAUAUAUUCGGAACAUCGAGUUCAUCGUGGAGCUAGAGCCUUACGAUGAAGCCGCCCGGGCGAAUUUAGAGACUAAGUCUGAGCAUGAGCGCAAUAACCAAAUCUUCUCCGAAGCAAUCCGCUUAAUCCUUCAUAUCAUAUCGAAAUGGCAAGCCAAUAAACCUGGAGCUUCACUCCAAGGGAUCUCGCUCUCCAUUCAAGCCCAGUCGCCUAGCGAUCUGUUUGCUAGCCCAAAAACUAGGCUCAAACGAAGAAAGGCCGCCCGUGCCGACCGGACUAAAGAUAUUUUGAACCGCAGAUUUGAGAACAACUAUCUUCGGCUUGAUGAAUUUGAGAGCCAGAUAGAGCAGCUCAAGAUUGUGCACACUCUCGAAAUCGAGGCGGUACUCGCCGGACGGGAAAUCGAGGCGGCUUCGUGCGCUCGUCUUGCCUCUCAGUUUCCUUGCCUGCACACACUCAACUUGUCGUUAAAUGACACUUGCAAAAGCGACAAGGGCCUGAGAAAGCGAAACCGUGACGAACUCGCUGCUCAUAUUCACCUUUUGCCAUCGAGCAUAAAAGUCUUCAACUUCGCUUUUUGUGAUCAACCGCCUCUGGAUCAUAACUUCUCCCCAGACAACAUCACAGACCAAGGCGUGGAUGCUUUGAGCUCACAACUACAUAAAUUUUCUCAAAAGUUAGAGAGACUCAGUCUUCGUGGGAUCACAAUUGGAAAUGAACUUUUUUGCCCACCAGGCUCAAGCGACAAGCACGCGUCAUGGCCCGAUCUGACAGAAAUCGACAUUCAAUACAGCCCCUCAACUCCCUCCGGGAAAUGGCUCUUUGUUGACCGCUCUGAUCGCGACGAGGAUGAUUACUUUUUGUCCUCAGAUUCCGAUCCACAUGAUGAAUUUCCGGAAUAUGUGAGAACCGUACUCGAAGAUCGCAGCCCCAAGCCUUUCCGAGAAGUCAGUGUACCAGGUCUCUUCAAUGAGUUGUAUAUGGCUAUGGGCCAGGCAGCAUUAUGUAUGCCAAAACUGAAGUUCAUGAUCAUGGAAACGGAGUCGGGAAGAUCUCAUCAUCGGUUCAGAUAUUCCUCGAAAGACGAGCCAUACGCAAAAUGGUCUGACCGUCUCGGAUUCCACCCCGAAGAAAGGGUUCUGGACCUGUGGAAGCAAGUGGGUUUCAAACAUACUGGUGGAGAUCUCACAGUAGAAUUGUGCAAUGAUUAA